UUCAACAGGAGUGUUCAUUCGUCAGUUGUCAAACUUGUAACGAUGUCGUCUAAACCGCUAGCAGGAAAAGUCUGUAUUGUUACAGGUGCAACGCGAGGGAUAGGAAAAGGGAUUGCCCUCCAACUAGCAGAGAAAGGAGCUAAAGUGUAUAUAACUGGACGGACUUUAGAUCCACCAAAGGGAUCAAAAGUGGGCGGUUCUUUACGAGAUACAGCACAGGAAGUUGAAGCUCGUGGUGGAACUUGUGUCCCAGUACAGUGUGACCAUUCAAAAGACAACGAUAUUGAAAGACUAUUUGAACAAGUUAAAAGAGAAAAUGAAGGACAGUUGGAUAUUUUAGUGAAUAACGCGUAUUCGGCAGUAAAUGCAAUUUUCAAUUCAAUGAACCUGAAGUUUUGGGAGCAACCCCCAGCAAUGUGGGAUGAUGUAAACAAUGUAGGACUACGAAACCAUUACAUAUGUUCUGUGUAUGCUGCAAGAAUUAUGGUACCAAGGAAACAAGGAUUGAUUGUAAAUGUGUCGUCUGCCGGUGGCCUCCGGUAUUUGUUUAACGUCGCUUAUGGUAUUGGAAAAGAAGCUUGUGAUCGUAUGGCUGCAGACUGCGGAUUUGAGUUAAAGAAACACAAUGUGGCAUUCGUUAGUUUGUGGCCUGGUGCCGUUGGGACGGAAAGUGUUCUUACAAAGCUUAGGGACAAUGUGAAGGACCCAAAAGUUGAGGGUGACUCAACUCUACCAAAGUCAAUGAGACAACCAGAAAAGAUGUUGGAAUAUUUCGAAAAGGCUGAAACUACUGAAUUUGCAGGGCAGUGUAUAGCUGCCAUGGCUACUGACCCUGAUUUGCUGAAAAUGAGCGGGAAAAUUGUACAGACGUGUGAUCUGGCGCGAAGGUAUGGGCUUAAAGAUGCAGAGGGACAUGGGCCGUCAGAUUUCCGUCAAAUAAAUGUACUUUUAAGACAGUUUGGAUAUUCUUGGAUAUCAUGGUGUGUUCCGGAUUUCGUCCGUAUACCUAAGUGGAUAGUCGCCUUGGGUGGAAACAAAUUUUUCUGAGACAUUAAUACUAGUUAAAAAGCCAUCAUUUUACAUUAACACAAUGUCCAGAUUUGUACAUAUUUUUUCUCUCGAAAUCUGUAAUGUAUUUUUAUUUAAUAUGUAAUUAAAUAAUUUUUAGUGUCAUCAUUAUGUAUGUAGAAAAAAUUGUUUUAAAAUAAGCAAUUCGGGACAUUUUUAAACAUUUAUACAGUUAAUGUAUUUUGAAUGUAGUUUUCCUACGUUUGGUAAUGUUGAUGAAUACUCACAAAAAUGAACAUGUGUCCAAAUCUCAUGGGGACUUUCAUGCUCACUCUUGAUAACGUUGACAUCUAAUCUCCCCCGAAUGACAUAGGUACUAAUCUUUGUUUGACAUGUGCGAUCGAUGUAUUGAUAACAACUAUGUUAUCUCAUGCAUGUACUGCACUUUUAACGUUACCCGAGAAUCUUGGUUGAAUUGUAUCAUUGGUCAGCCAUAUAUUUCUGUUUUAGACUUUUAAUUAACUUGAUCCUUUUUUAUGAUGUUAAUAUUGAACUAUAUGUAAUUGUCGUAUGUUUGUGUGAUGUUCUCAGAUUUCGAUAUAAAUGUAGCAUACAGGAAUGUAGUAAAUUGACUUAAAAGCUUAUAACUUA